AACUAAGAUUAUUAAAUUAUUUCAACCACAUCCACACUGUGUGUGUGUAUAAGGACAAGGAGGAGUUGAGUGAUUAUUGGCUGACUUCCUUCCUUCCCCUUCCAUUUGGACAAGAGCUGCAGCAGGAUAAAGGAAAGCCUGUCACAUUAUUGAGGAUGGGAAUUUAAAGUGAGAGAAAGAACUACUGAGAUGAGCUGAUUGACUACAGAGCUUUUUACAGAGCUUUCCAAACAUGUCUCCCAGCCUCCCUGUCGGAACAUUACAUGCAAACUGAAACUGUGCCCAGGAAAUGUACAUCUGAUUUGUGACAAGCCUCAACCAACUCUGGCACUGUCAGACAUGCACGGCUAUCUCCUCUGUGCCAUCAGCUGUCUCUGCAUUCUUCCUGCUGCUCUCCGUGCUGAAGAAUGCAGCCAAGUUAUUCUGGCAAGACGUGGAAAACUCUACCCACCAGAAGGGGGCAGUUUGUCUCUGUCCUGCGUGGUCCAGCACUGUGGAGACACCUGGACAGGGAGCUGGAUAUGGAGAAAUUCUACACAUGGAAAGUUCAGCAGCAUCAAAAACUCAGAUAGACGUCAAUUGACCAAUGUUACACUCUCUACAAAUCGAACCCGCUUAGAUUUGAAUUUCCUGACAGUCAGCCAAUCAGAUGAAGGUUCCUACGGAUGCAAGGUGAUGUGGGGUCAAGGUGACACUGAUCUGGGAAAUCUGAUGUAUGUGAACAUCACAGCAGCUGCCCCCUCUCACAGGAACUUGUUGCACAGGAUUUUGGUCUGUGCCAGUGCUUCUCUUUGUCUUCCCAUCAUUCUCGGAUUAGCUCGCUGCCUGGGUUCAGGGGUCAAGCCUCAGCCGCUUCCUAGGACAUGGUCCACACAUGUAGCCGUGUACAGAGACAGACCACACCCGCCUCCACCACUGCAGAAACAUGGCUCUCACUCACUCAGUGCUCCCCACAGGUCCCAGCAGAAAACUGAGGUGGUGUAUGCAGACAUUUCCGAGGAUCUACUGAGGCAACAGAGAGCCGUCAGAGAGCGCCCCCUGGAGCAAACUGUGUACUCAAGUGUCAAAUUCUCCUGACUGCAGACAAAGUUUUAUUUGGGGGAUAAAUUAAAUGACUCGAUCCUUGAUAUUGUCAGGAAACGUUUGAUGUGGACCUUCAGAGACUUUAAGCUUCUGAUUUAUGCAUGUCCUGAUACCUUUUGACUAGUCAUCAUUUUAAAGCUUUAAAGCAAAACUACUUAACUUUUACUAAAGAACAGCACCAUCUGUAGUCAAAUGUGGUGACUAAUUACAUCGGCCGGAGAGAUUAAGUGGUUUUCACUUGGAGGAACAAACAAAGCCUAUCAGUCAUUUGACCGGAGCUCUAACUGCAUCGUCUCACUCACUGAACUGAAACAACUGAAUGUUGGAUAUUACCCAUGAUCUGAGCUGCCGCUGUAAGUAAUUCACCAACUUCUUCAUAUUUUUAAAGUUUCCUUGCUGAAUAUUGGAGAUAAACUCUGUUUUUUAAUAAUGUCCAAGUCUACAGUUUGGUAGAACAUGCUGGACCUAAUUCUGAAUUAACUUCGACAAUCAGUUAGACAGACACACACAAACCAAAGUUACAGAGGAAGUACAGGUGUGCUGGGUGAGUCGUCAGUCAACCAUCAAACUCAUUUUUAAGCUUCCAUUUCCUUAUAUUUUCAACCUGUGUUUUGUAUAAUAUCGUUAAAGUAGAGGAUUGCCGGAACCAGGUUAUGUUUUAAUAGCAGGAUUACACAAAUACUACUGAACCGAUUUUGGUGAACUUUGGUGGAAGGGUGAUAUAUGGGCCCAGGAUAAAAAAAACAACAAACAGAUUAGAUUAAAUGGGUUGAUACAGGACUCACAGGCAUUUGUGAAAUUGUUUUUUCGUUAAUUUAAUGCUGAUAACUUAAUGAAAAUGUAUGAAACUUGUUUGUUCGUUAAUUUAUUUAUUAGCGGAAUCAAACAAAACAGAUUUGCAAUAGACUUGUUGCAGAGAUGGGAAGGACAAGAAACCAUUGUUUAACAUGCAUUCAUGCAUUUCUUAAACUGUGUUAUUAAAAAUAAAUCCUUCAGACUACUUACUUUAUACUUUUAUUGCAGGAGGUAUUCGCUCUAUUGGGUACCAUUCUAGUUUUGUAAUAUAUUGAAAAGAUUCUCCUGCCUACACUGUGAUGGGGAUGUAGUGACGAUGUAGUUUAUCAUGAAGAUCAAAGGAAUGCCAGAAGGUGUUGCAGGGAGAAAGAACUUCAAUUUUGGUUGUACAUAUUCACAAAUUUAUUUUAAAUUUGUUAUUAAAUGUGACCACAACAACAUUAAAUGCAGGUCCAGUA